GCGCUGAUCUUGUGGUUGAAGAAACCAGCUCUGGGGAAGGGUCUCGGGCGCGGGCGGGAGGGCACCUGUCAGGGUCCCUGGGAGAGGCAGCCCUCGGAUCUGCCCCUGCCCACCUCACGCUGCGUUCCAUGCUGGCCCCAGGCGAUGUCAGUCCUGCUGCAGGCCAGGACUAGUUCCACGGCCCUCAGCAUGCGUUAGCCUCUUCUUGCCUCCAUGCCUCAGUUUACCUCGGAGUGAGCUGCGGGAGACGUCUCCCUGCCUGGCCAGGGCGGCUCUGUCGUAGCGCAGAGCAGCGGUGGUGCAGAGCCGGAGUGGGAGCCCGGAGCCGCGCCGCACCAUGGCGCCCACCCUGGCCACUGCCCAUCGCCGCCGCUGGUGGAUGGCCUGCACGGCCGUGCUGGAGAACCUCCUCUUCUCGGCAGUCCUCCUGGGCUGGGGCUCGCUGCUCAUCAUGCUCAAGUCGGAGGGCUUUUACUCCUACCUGUGUACCAAGCCAGAGAAUGUCAGCAAUGGCACAGUGGGCAGCACAGCAGAGCCGGGGCACGAGGAGGGGAGCUGGAUGAACGGCUGGCUCAGCUGCCAGGCCCAGGACGAGAUGCUAAAUUUGGCUUUCACCGUGGGCUCCUUUCUGCUCAGUGCCAUCACCCUGCCCCUGGGUAUCGUCAUGGACAAGUAUGGCCCGAGGAAGCUCAGGCUGCUGGGCAGCGCCUGCUUCGCGGUUUCCUGCUUGCUGAUUGCAUAUGGAGCCAAUAACCCAAACACUCUCUCCGUGCUCAUCUUCAUCGCCCUGGCUCUGAAUGGCUUUGGCGGGAUGUGUAUGACCUUCACCUCAUUAACAGUGAGUACGGACUUUUUAAAGCUCUGCAGUUCAGUAAUCCGCUUCUAAAUUUGAGGCCGCUUUGACUGGUUUCUGUGUCCUUGCCUUCCAUGUGCCUGCAUGUGCCUGGAUGUCCCAGACUGUAAAGGGGCUAUGGAUGAGGUGUUCUGGCAGCAGAGCCCGGCAGGGCUUCCUCAGCCGAGGUCCCUACAGGCAGCAGGGCGUGGCUCUCACAAUCCCUUGCCUUUUUGUUUUUUGUUUUUCUGAGACGAAGUCUUGCUGUGUCGC